AUGCAUGAGCCUUCAAGAGCAAAUGUAGAAAAUGGAGAAAUUAAUAAAGGUUUUGAAACUAGCCCCGAAUCAAUUAAUGGAUCUGAAAUUAAAAAAGAUGUAGAAACAGAAUUAGACAAAAAAUUAAGGAUGAACAACGAAAGACUCAGCAAAAGACCAAAAUGGGACAAUCAAAUAGAAUUUCUUAUGUCUUGCAUCGCUACAUCAGUGGGUCUCGGGAACGUAUGGAGAUUUCCAUUUGUUGCUUAUAACAAUGGCGGUGGUGCAUUCCUUAUACCAUACAUUAUAGUACUUUUUGUCGUAGGCAAACCCAUGUACUACCUCGAAUUAGUGAUCGGACAGUUUAGCAACAGCAAUUGUGUAAGAGUAUGGGCAUUAUCACCAGCUAUGAAAGGUACAGGAUAUGCUCAGACCAUGGGUGCUGGUUACGUGCUUUCGUAUUAUGUUUCCAUCAUUGCAUUGUGCCUAUACUACUUAGCGAUGAGUUUUAGCUCCACUCUUCCCUGGGCGCUCUGCGACCCCUCAUGGACAGAUUGCGUACCUUCGGGAGAGAUCGUGAACAUGUCAGAAAUACAAGGCAAUGCAGUUAGUAGCGCUGAACUGUACUUCACGUAA